AGCUCUUGUAUUUUACAAUUAAUUGCCUUUCAUUCUUGAAACUGUAUUUCAUACUGAAGAGUUCUGCUUUCUGGGAAAUAAUGCUGCCCUCCAUGUGCUUCAUGCUGGUUUCUUCAACUGUGAAGCUGAAGGUGACAUAUUCUUCUGAAACAUUGAUUUUCAAGGGACUACACAAUGUCAUAUCCCAGAAGAUAGAACUCAUCGUAAAUGCUGCUGUGAAUUAAAUUUGAAUUCAAGUCCUGUAUAUUUCAUACUUACUGAGUAUAAGUAUGUCAAAGUAAAGUAAAGUAAAGGUGUCCCUGUAACAGGCUGUGGAGGUCCACAGGGUUGUGAGACGUUGAGGUUCUGGGUAUCAUCCUUCAGACUCUGAUGUCUUCUCAUAGUCUCUGUUUUGCAAGUUAUCGGUGACUGCUAAGGUAAUUAAAUUGUGAUUCAUAUUUAAAUUCUGCAUAAGUGUCUUUCACACAUUAUACAAAUAUAAAGUGAUAGAAUAUAAAAUUGAAAAAUGAUAGAAAUGAAGAGAUUAUUUUUUUUGUUUGCAAUACAUGCAUGUUCUGACUUCAUAAACCAAUUUUGAAAGGUUUCCACAUGUUUUAUAAUUUAAGUUUUUGUGGUGUCAGAUUUCUUAUGAACCUGUGUUGUAAACAAUGAAAGCCACAGCUUAGGAAGGAAUGUGUUUGACAAUAAAAAGAAAAUUAAAACAGCAAAUAAAAGAAAGUUCGUAAAGUGGUCGAAGUUUCGGUUAGAACAAAAAUAGUUGCAACACUGAAGCAGCAGGAAUGGAAUAUUUGACAAAGAUUAAGUAGUGUACCAGGUUAGGUAAUAUUAAAUAUGACGAUAUAAAGAAUUCACUGACUAUCCAGUGGCUGAAGCGAUUACAGAGAAUUUAAAGAACUUACACUUUGGUACAAAGAGGUUAUUGUCUGAAUUCAAAUCUUAGUAGGAUUUUGGUAUCUCAUACCUCCUGUUUUGCCUAAAUAUAUAAUCACAAAUUGUAUCGUGGAAUUAAACAUCAAAGUGUUUUGUGUUUAGGAGGAACUAAAUUUAAAUCUCAACUUGAAAUGACUAUCCUGUCCAAGGUUUUCUUGCAGUCUUAGACAGCCCAAAUAAAUUGAAGGGUUAACAUUUAUUGUUUCAGAGCGUGGGACUUGGCAAAAGUUAUGCAUCAGUUGAAGUUAUAUCAGGAUGGAAUUUCAUGUCAGUGCUCACUGAAGAAUGACAAGAUGGAGUCUGCAUUCCUGAAUUUUGAGACCAUGUGUACAUUUCUGAUGUCCAGAUAGUUAAAAUAAUAUAGAUAACAUUAGUUAGUACAUAAUAGCUUACAUGCUUUGUGAUGUGUUGCUUUUAAACAUUUCUCUUGUUUUGAUAUCUGAGGUCACAUUGGUGACUGAAGAGUGCUGUCACCCGGGAUGUGGCACUUAUAUUUGAACCUGGUUUUCCACUUGCAGCUCUCUUUGUUUGCCUUUUGCUUGCUUGAUUACUCUUUGACCCUGAAGAUGGAGGCAGUAUUUUCCUCCAAAACGUCAAUGAACAUGUUCGAGACUACUCUGUGUCACAUCCCAGAAGAUACUAUGCUUUGUUUAUAAUGGCUGUGGUUCAGUGAACUAUAAACUGAGCAGUUGAUGGCAGCACUGUAUGAUUCAGUUAUCAGCUGGAUUCUUGUUAAUUACCAUUGUAAUAAGAGUUUUUCCUUCAGGUUCAUGAGAGCACUAUUAAUUGUUGUGGUUUACCUCACCUGUCUGUCAGCGAAACAAAACUCGUUCGUUACCCUGAGUUACUGCCAGUAUACCUUGACAGAAUUAGUGAAUAUGUUGUGCUUAUGGAUACACACAAGCAGUGGCUUAAGAAGUGCCAUGUCUUCUGGGAGUGGAUGGAGACAGUUGUUGCGGAGAAAGAAUCUGAUCCUCAUCAAAAUCAUCUCAGCGUUCAUGAAAAGAGAACUCUGUUUCAUGCGCUGGAUACACUGCGGCACAUAGCAAAAGCUUGUAUGCUUUGGUGUCAGAGGGCAAGGAGCUGUAACAGCAUGUCAGAUAAGGAUACUGAUCGCAGUGUAUCAUCCCCAUUACAUGACCUGCCCCUCCAACCACUGCGAGGGCUACCAAGAUGCAUACUGCAAGCGAAGGGGGGCCAUACUGAAAUGGGACAGUUGCUAACAGAGUCAGAAUUGCAGCUGCAAGAUGUGAGAGACAUGUACAGGAUAAAGAAAGCAGCUGUUUUUGAACAACUUCAUCAAUUGGCAAGACAAACUGAAAACGUUGUGCUCUUUCCACGUUUGUUGAAGUGAUCGGUUAUGGCUUGUAUUUUCAGUCAGCAGUUGCUAAUAAUCUUAGCUCUUCUGCUCUGUGCCUUGUGCUGAUAACUGCUAUGCAGAUUGGAAGUCUGUAAGGCCUGAAGAAAAUGGUGGUAACAUCAUCAGAGAACACAAGAAAAUAAAAGGCAUGAAUGGUUAGUGAAAGCAGAAUCUAAAAUUGGUCCAUCUGUGAUGUGUGAUGUUUUUUGUAUUCAUAAUGUUAGAUCAUAUUACAAAUAAGUUGCUGUAUUACAAAGAAUUAUUGCUUAA